AUGGAACCACAUUCGCAGGACAUCUACGUGGCAGAUUCCGGCAACAACCGCAUCCGUCUGAUUUUCAGCCAGAUAGGUCCCGGCGUUCAUCACUCUGGCUACUGUACGAAUGGAUUGGCCUGCGAGGUGACGAUCAUGGGAAAUGGCUUGCUUCCUGGCAACAAGCUGGCCGUCAUUCCUAUGGAGCAAAGCUGCGGGCAGCCUGGCGUAAUGUUCCAAAUGGGCCUGGCCAUGAACCCGACGUCCGAGAUCCCCUCGCCAUCAUUCACCCAGAAGACCUUCAACUUUGGACCACCUUCAGUGCCCCGCACCGGAACCUAUCGGCUCUGCUUUUGCGUGAAGGAUGCUGUGGUCUUCGGGCAGAUAACGCCUUGCAAUGCGGCAGAGUUCUUCAUCCAUGAUGCCGGAAUUGUUCGCAUUGUUGGACCGGACAGCCGUAUCGAUGAUGCCGAAGUCGUCGAAGGGAUGCCCGGCCGGCCCUUGGCUUUGGCCAUCUCCGGCCACGAGCUCUCGCUCUUCGACCGCGUGCGCCUGGUGAACGACUCGCAGCCCUGUGGCGUUCCCGGUGCAGAGGUCCUGGCCGAGGAAGUUCAAAGCCGAGACAUUUUGAUGGGGCGGCGGUACCAGGGCAACGAGUCCUUCAGCCUUUGGGUGAACGUAACACUUCGAGCCUCUGGCAGCUUCCGCGUAUGCUGGUGCCAGGGUGCGAGGAUCGAUGGUACUCGCUUGCGGUGCGAGCGCGGAGAGGACUUUCGAGUGGAGGCUGCACGUGUCAACAUUCGAGGCCCCAUCCAGUACGUUGGCACAAUCAAGACUGGCAGUUACGAGGAGAUCGCAGUCAAAGGCGGCCAGCUGGCUGGAUUCAGUUCUAGUGAUCGCAUUCGACUGGUCGACGCGGCGACCGUGCAGUGCGGAAGCAUGGAGGCGCAGGCCUUCAGCAUCUCCAUCGAAAACGAGCAGCUGGACGCUGUGCCCAGGCCGUCGGGCGCCCCACACCGCAUCACCGCCGACUCCGUGACGUGGACCAAUGUCAAGGGGAGUGGCUUCUUGUGCCAUUUGGCGGAGGUGACCCCGUAUGUGCUGCCGGUGCGUGAUGUGCGUGAGUGUGGUGGAGGCAGCAGCCAAGGGAAUCCAGCACUCGUUGCGGAACAAUCAGAAGAUGCAGCCAACUCAGGACGAGCCAACACGCAUCUGGCCAACCUGCUGAAACAGUUCGAUGGUUCUGGUGGUGCUGCGCCAACGACCCCGCCGAGCCGUCAUACUGGGGCGGCGCCCAUGACACCUCCGGCGUCGACAGGACUUGCGGUUGUGAGCAGAGGCCAGACCAUGGCAGAGAUGGCAGGGAGGGAUCCAUACAUGACCUCGCCUGGUGCAGCGCAUUUUGGCACCACUCCCACGCCCGAACAUGGAGACAAGGACCAGACCAAGGCCACCACAAAGACCCCCUCACCGAGCAAACGGGUAGUGAAAGCCAAGCGUGCGCCUGUCAAGCAGCUACCGCAGAAGAUACGCUGCUGCCCCAGGGCCGAAGCUCUCACCGGGUCCUGCAAGCAACGCCGACCAGCAGGGGAGGAGCCGGCCGACAUCGAUCUGAUCUGGAAGAGGAGGACAAGCUCCAGUCCACUUCGCCGGGCUUUGGACGACUGGAAUAUGAAUAGUCUUUGCUUCUGGAAGUACAGCUUUGGCAAGGCAUGGCUUCCAUCUCCAUCCUGA